GGAGCAACGCCCGAAACGCUCACGGCAUCUCCUCACCUGCGAUUGCAGUUGGCGUGGCCGUAAACAGGCGGCGACGAUACUAGAGUAUGAACAAUGACAUGGCGCAGCAAAUGCAAAAGCUCUACGAGCGCAAGGCCAAGGAUGUCGAGUCCAAGCUGCCGUGGUACAAAAACCCACUCAAAGAUUAUGACGUUGCACCGGCUGUCGUGCUUGACAAGCCCUUUGAUGCACCGUCGGCCGACUUUCUCAAGCUGCCAAAGGCGACGCGCCACACGACGACGCACGCCAUGUUCCCCGAGCACGACGAGCCCCGCUUGCAAGCAAAGCUCAAGCCCACUGCGACGUUUCCGAGUAGUCUCUCGCAUCGCAACAGUCCCGUUCUGACAGACGAGAGCAAGGGGACGAGCCCCAAGCCGACGAUUGAUACCAAGUUGCGCUACCGCGGCCGUGUGAGCUGGGAAGCCAACCUUCUGGACUCGAAGUCGGAGGCGAGUCGUAUGCAGGGCACGUCGCCACUUCAUAGCCCCAAGAAGGCGACAACGCAGUUGAGCCCGCUCAAGAGCGUGCUUCAGCACAGUGUCGGCAAACCCGUGCCCGUCGAGUCGGCCGAGCGCGACCAGCUACUGCAGCACAUGCUUCACCACGACGACGAGAUCGACACCCUCCUCUCCAAGUUUGCUGUCGCGCAAGCGACAAAAGUCGGUGCUCGCGACAUGGCCGUCGCUGCGUAUGCGGCACGCCCCCACGUGUACACCUUUUGGGACCCACCCCCCGCAGUUAAUACCGAGUUGGACCCGUCGGCGCCGUCGACACCGGUCGUGGCCCGGCGUCGGUUUGCCCUCCAAGUCGACAACUCUGUCUCGGACGACGAAGAUGACGACAAAGACGAGGAGGAGGCCGACGACGAUGAAGAAGCCGCCGUCCAAGACCAGCUCAAGGCCGCGUACUUUGGAUACACCAAGAUGCACCACAAGACGCAGUGCUUCUCUGCGGUUGCGACCAAAGCGAUUGCACCCGAGACGCUCGUGUCCGAGUACAGCUUCAAGCCUGUGGUGCACGCGCGCCGGGCCUCGCGCGUCGCAACUGAAAAUGAAAUCAAAAUGUCGCCGCGGACGCUGUUUUUGAGCGACUGCCUUGCGUCGACGGACCUCCCGCUCGCGCUACCCCUCUUGAUCCGAAAGCACCACACAACGUCGUUUGAUUUCUCGUACCAGAGCCUCGGCGACAAGUUCAUCGUGCAAUUUGCCACCGCGCUGCGGGACGUGCCGUUCGUUGAAGAAAUCAACGUGUGCGACAACCGCCUCUCGGACCGCGCGCUCAACAAGCUCCUUCGCGCGCUCGAAGCCAAGCCGAAUUUGAUCAAACUCAACAUUUCUCAAAACGAAAUCGGCGUCGCAUCCGCGUCGACGCUGAAACAUUACAUUGGGUCGUCGCUCUGCACAGUCACGCACCUGAGUAUCUGCAAUGCCGACAUUGACGACCACGAGUGCGCGGCGUUCAUGUCGGCGUUUGAAAGCAACAAAUCCGUUGUGGACUUGCGCUUGAGCCGCAACCGCAUUGGCGAGGCUGAGAACCUCAACGUCGUCCAGCCCAACCUCGUCACGGGCGGCGAAGCGAUCGGAAAUAUGCUGAAUGUCAACCUGACGCUGACGCACUUGGAUCUCGCGUGGAACCUCUUGCGCCUUGCAAGUGGCGUCACGUUGGCGAACGCGCUGCGGCUCAACUACAACUUGUACGAGAUCAACGUCGCGUACAAUGCGCUCGGGGAUGCAGGAGCAAUGGCGUUCGGCCAGUCGCUGGAAGUCAACAAGUCGCUGCGGGUCCUCAACCUCUCGUACAACAACAUUCGCUGCAAAGGAGCGUCUGUGAUCGCGUCGACGCUGUCGCGCACGAACGCGACGCUGCACAAGCUCAUUCUCGACGGCAACAACAUCGGGAAGGAAGGCGGGCGCAUCUUGAUGUACGCGAUGGUGCACAAUGGGACGCCGAGUGGCUGCUCGAUCUCGAUGAAAGCGUGCAGCCUCAACGACCGUAGCAACCAAACGACGUUCGACCCGAUGGAGCCCGGCGGCGUGUACUGCCUCAACUGCGCGGACCCGUACGAGAGUAUGAUUGCGCACGAGCUCUUGCGUCUCGCCGCGACAAAGCGCGGCUGCAUCUUUACGCAGCUCCUGCACCGCCCGACGAAAGAGACACCGCUCAAGCAAGCGCAUCCGAUCAAGCUCGUGCCGCCACCGCAAACGCCCAAGAGUGCUCUGGACAUUACGUUCACCGGCAUUGACACGGACAAGUCGGGCACUGUCGACGUUGGCGAGCUCCAGACCGUGCUUCGAGAGCUUGGCUUUCAUCCGACCCCCGCCCAAGCCCAAACACUAUUUGAGCAAAUGGACGCGGACCGCAGCGGCGCAAUCGAGCCAUGCGAGCUCACUGGCGACCUCUUUCGCGCCGUGUACCGUGUCAUCGACGCGAAUCAAUCGGGGACCAUCGAUAUGCACGAGCUACGCGCCGCCUUCCACCUGCUGGGCGCGGCGCCGACCGAGCGCGAUGUGCAAAACGCCAUGAAGAUUUACGACGUCGACGGUAGCGGCACGAUCGAAGAAGACGAGUUUGUCGAGCUCUUGAAAAACCAAGUGAUUCAGCGGGUCCAGAUGAACGCUCAGGACCGCGUUGUGGCGUCCAUGGCACUGCGGGAAGAAGGCAGCGGCGUCGUGUGGAAGGUGCCGGCAUCAGGCAUCCUCGACAUAACGUUUGCCUACGAGCGAGAGCUCAUGAGCGAGCGCGAAACCAUUGCAUCGUACGGCCUCUCGGAGCGCGGCCUGCAGCAGCUCGUCAAGACUGUCGAAGCGGGCAAGGCAGAGCAGCAGCACCAAGAGCUCCUGGGCACCGCGGUCGAUAAUACGGAGAUUCGAAUGAGCGCGGAGCAGGCCAUGGUCCUCAUGGAGACCUGCGGCGAGCUCCAGGAGACGCGGCGUAUCGGGAGCGUCGCCAAGAUGCUGCCGCAGCUCGUCUCGAGCAAGGAAGCGCACCUGUUGGUCAAACAUGUGUUGAACGUUCGCGAGCGCUACCACCUUCGGAGCCGCAUGGGGUCUUCGUAUUUCCCCAUCAUGGGGCUCCCCACAGCCAAGUACGAGUUGGACCUGAGUUGCCCGCAGGACCGUCAGGCGGUCCUAAAGCUCGCCGAAAUCGCCCAAGCCGAGAAGCAAUUUUCAAAAACCCGGUCUUGUCGCGGCGACACGUCCCAACACGGCAACUGGGAAAACUUUCGCAACGAGCUUCUCGACGGCAAGCCCGUCGUGCUCACGUCGGCGUUCUUCCAGAACCUACCGGCCAAGGGCAAGCUCGAAUUCGACUACAUCUCGACGUCGCGGCCCAAGCGGGGCACCAAGCCCAUGUCGACGCGGCGCUUUCAGCAGCUCGUGCUGCAGAUUGGCCGCGAGAGCUCGAUUGAGCUGCAGCGACCCAAGGUGCCGUUGCUGACGGCGCGCCAGCGUUGGGGUCUCGUACGCAACGCGGUUCGGCAUCGCAAGAUGAAGGCGUGGCUCCACCGCGUGACCGAGGUGUUUCACAUUCGGCACGUCACGGUCGAGAGUGUCCGCGACAAGCUCUUUCAGAUCGAGACGGCCGUCGGCGACCGCUGGCUCUCGGUCAACCAAGCGCACGAGAUCAUCGACUGCAUGCCGACGCUGCACCAUGGCAAGACGGAGGCGAUCCGAGUCUUGUUUGCCCGCAUCAUUGACCUCGAAAACUUUGCCACCAUUUUGGACGCACUGAGCUUGCCAGAGCAGAAGGAGGUGGCGCGAAGCCUCGGGUGGCUCAACAUUAUGAAUCCAAAGUUCCCCGACCGGUACUACGAGCUCGACCUUGCGGUGCGCGACGAACGCGAGCUUGCCAAGAUCUACGUGGCGCUGGCCGUGACCGAGCCCGGCGAGAACUGGGUCAACGAGACCUUUGCGUGGCAGCGCGGCGAGCCUCCGAUCCCUGGCUGGCAGCUGCCCAUUAGCUGGACCAAGGACGACGGAGGACCGGAGGACGGUCCUCGGCGCGCGGGAUGGCUUACGCUCGAGUACACGUCGGCGCCAGAGAACGGGUGCAGCCCCGUGUGGGCGAUUCGCCAAGAGCUCCAGACAAGGGUUCUCUGCGGUACUCGCUUGUAUCUCUAA